CAGUUGGGUUGCCAGCGCCGCAGAGGUGAACGCUUUUUACAAUCCCAGCAACAACGAAAUGCUGUAUCCUUCGGCAAUACUGCAGAAGCCAUUCUACGAAUCCGGACUUCCAAGAGCCAUUAACUACGGAAGCAUGGGCAUGACAAUCGGACAUGAAAUGUCCCACGGCUUUGAUGACCAAGGAAGCCAGUUUGAUGGGGACGGAAGGCUGCAAGACUGGUGGUCUAGCGAAACGCUCGAGAAGUUUGUACGGAAAUCUCGGUGCUUCCAGUACCAAUACGGAAACAUCACGGACAAUACGACUGGCACGCCGCUAGAUGGACAAAAUACGCUAGGGGAGAACAUUGCCGAUAACGGUGGCUUGAGAAUGGCGUUCAAGGCUUUCGCAUUGCUGCAUGACGACACCCGCUUGGAGGGCCUAAACAUUUCCGCGAAAAGGCUUUUCUUUAUUGCAUACGCGAUGACGGAGUGCGAGGUGAGGACCACGGAAUCGCUCAGGAUGCAGAUUGAAUACGAUGAACACAGUCCGUCUGAAUACAGGGUAAACGUGCCAUUAAAAAAUAUGCAAGCCUUCUCCACUGUGUUCAACUGCAGCGUAAAUGCACCGAUGAACCUGAGCAACGAACAAAGGUGCAUUUUAUGGUGAACGCUGCGCAAAACAUCGCAGUCGGCACUGAAUGAAACUGUCACUUCUUCCGUUUUUAUCAAGUUCGCGAAAGCCUUGUUUUUUAUUAAAAAGAGGGUGCCUAUUGAUGUUUGAA